GGGAAUGCCUACAUCUUCGUACUACUCGAUCUGACUUGCGAAAAUGCUUGUUAUGUCACACCAAAGUCCUAUUCUUUGAAUGAAUGCCAACAAAUCCGUCCCCACUAAAAGGGGUUUUGGGAAAAUGCAGGGGUCAAUAUUCCAUAUCCGAGAUGUCAACAAUCCAAUUCGCUUUCUCGUGUUUUUAUCAAGAGCCUCACGUACGGAGUAUCGCAUGAGUUUACCUGUCAAUUAACGUCAAGAUGUCAAGCUACUUUUCUCGGAUGACCUCAUAUCAUCCAUACCAUCCGGUCGAUAUCAAUCUCUCUGGAAAGUAUGUGGAAAAUAGUUUCAGUCCAACCAUCCUCAUGGUCACCUUCGGAACAACGUGGGCUUUGGUGCUCGGCGCGACACUCUUUGCCGUGAGGAGAUUCUAUCCUAGACUCAGUAUAAAGGAUCAAGGACUUGUUCUAUGGUUUAUCUUGACGGGGUCAAUCCACAUCUUUUUUGAAGGAUACUUUGUCUACAAUCAUGCUCGAAUGGCAAGCAGGACAGACUUCUUCGGUCAACUGUGGAAGGAAUAUGCUCUAUCCGAUUCGAGAUAUAUGUCCUCCGAUUCAUUUCUGUUGACCAUAGAGACGUGGACUGUUAUACUUUGGGGACCGCUAUCUUACCUUACAGCCGUAUACAUCACCCAAAAUUCGCAAUUUCGACACACAGUACAAGCGCUUGUUUCAACAGGAGAACUUUAUGGAAAUUUACUGUACCUUGUUACCAGUCUCCUUGAUGAGUACACCACUGGCAAACGGUACUAUCGACCGGAACCAUUGUACUUUUGGGUAUAUUUCGUAUUAAUGAACUCAAUAUGGUUGUUUGUGCCUGGCUUUGCCCUCUACGACAGUGUUAUGGCUUCCGCAAGAUCCUUCGAGUAUUCAGAUCCACCCUAUGCAGCAAAACGCACAAGAAAAGCCAAGGAUGAUGGAAGUAAAAAGGAAAAGGAAUAUCGCAAAGUUCCUGCCUCUCAGGAAUCCGAUACAAGGUCGAGACGGGGAAAGGCUAAAUCAUACAACGACGAUUAUUCGGGCUAGAUUCUCUUGGUCCUGAUAUCGACCGCUGAUGUGUCGAAACGAUGUUCCGCUAGUCGAGAACAUGCACCUCGCCAUAAUAGCUAGAUAUGAUCUAUCGUGCAAUUGUAGAUCAAAAAGCUUCGGGUUUGGGGAGGGUGGAAACAUUUGGACUGGAUUUAGCAAACGCCGCUACGAACUUAUGAUACCCUUUAUGAUUAAUGAGUACAUAUCUUGAAAUGGGAUUUAGAACUGCCCAAAUUAAGUCACGCUCAAAUGCGAACCACAUACUUCGUUCGGGGACUUGAUUUAAGAAAUGUUGCAGUUUCGAUGGCAUUCUACUUUGGAUAUCGACUUUAUAUUUAGAAAAAGUAUUAGUUAAAUAGAUGCAUAUAUUCUAGUAACUGGGAAUGUUUCGGAUGACAGCAAGUCUUGUAAGUCCCGUCAAAAAAUGGUUCUAGAAAUUCCAGAGAUUGCAUUGUACCGUCUUGGAGCAGCA